CUUCUGUGACGUCAUAUGUUACGGAUCGUUAGAUCGCAACAAGUUUAAAAGUAAAUCGGAAGGCAAAACAGCUGAUCUCAAAUUGUAAAAGAUAUAGAGCGGGAACGCUCCCUGCAUUAGCGACCUUCGCUUAGGCGUGUACAAUCAGAUACCGUGAUGGCGACGGCGGAGAAACAAUACUGGAGGAAGCGACUUCCGCCGAGGUUCCAGCUGACGUUGGAACGGGUGGCUCGAGUCUUGGUCCGAGACAACCCGGAUGACCUCCUGUUAUACGCGGCAGAUUAUCUCGAGAAAUUAGUGCGCGAAGAACAAGCCGAACGACAGGCUCUUCCGGCGCACUCCUACCUGAUGCAGCUUCUGGAGAGGCGCGAAGCUGCGUCCAAGGCCAGCCACGCCGUCACUAAGCGCUCAGAGGCCGCCGUCUCCUCAGAGAAAGCAUCAGUGCCUGUUGCUGAAGCCAGUCAAGAAUCUCCACCCCCUAAAGUAGACGAGGCCCCUAAAAGAGCAUCAUCAAAAGCACUAGCCGCGAAGCCAUCCCAGGAGCGACAAGAAAAAUCGCAGAGCGUAGUCGUGCAAUCAAAGACUACAACUGAAGCCAGUCAAGAAUCCCCGCACCUUAAACUAGACGAGGCCCCUAGAAAAGCACCCUCAAUAGCAGUUGCUGGGAAGCAAUCCGAGGAGCGACGAGCAAAAUCACAGAGCGUUAUCGCGCAAUCAGAGACUACAGCUGAAGCCAGUCAAGAAUCCCCGCACCUUAAAGUAGACGAGGCCCCUAGAAAAGCACCCUCAAUAGCAGUUGCUGGGAAGCAAUCCGAGGAGCGACGAGCAAAAUCACAGAGCGCUAUCGAGCCUGUAGCUAAAGCCAGUCAAGAUUCUCCGCCCUCUAAACUAGACGAGGCCCCUAAAAGAGCACCAUCAACAGCAGUAGCCGCGAAGCCAUCCGGGGAGCAACGAGCAAAAUCGCAGAGCAUUAUCGGGCCUGUAGCUAAAGCCAGUCAAGAAUCUCAGCCCUCUACACAAGUCGAGACCCCUAAAAGAGCACCAUCAACAGCAGUAGCCGCAAAGCCAUCCGGGGAGCAACGAGCCAAAUCGCAGAUCGUUAUUGAGCCUGUAGCUACAGCUAUUCAAGAAUCUCCGCCCUCUAAACAAGACGAGACCCCUAAAAGAGCAUCAUCAAUAGCAGUAGCCGCGAAGCCAUCCGAGGAGAAACGAGCAAAAUCGCAGAGCAUUAUCGCAGAGCCUGUAGCUAAAGCCAGUCAAGAAUCUCCGCCAUCUAAACCAGACGAGGCCCCUAAAAGAGCAUCAUCAAUAGCAGUAGUUGCGAAGCCAUCCGGGGAGCAACGCGUAAAAUCGCAGAGCGUUAUCGAGCCUGUAGCUACAGCUAUUCAAGAAUCUCCGCCCUCUAAGCAAGACGAGACCCCUAAAAGAGCAUCAUCAAUAGCAGUAGCCGCGAAGCCAUCCGAGGAGCAACGAGCAAAAUCGCAGAGCAUUAUCGCAGAGCCUGUAGCUAAAGCCAGUCAAGAAUCUCCGCCAUCUAAACCAGACGAGGCCCCUAAAAGAGCAUCAUCAAUAGCAGUAGCCGCGAAGCCAUCCGGGGAGCAACGCGUAAAAUCGCAGAGCGUUAUCGAGCCUGUAGCUACAGCUAUUCAAGAAUCUCCGCCCUCUAAACAAGACGAGACCCCUAAAAGAGCAUCAUCAGUAGCAGUAGCCGCGAAGCCAUCCGAGGAGCAACGAGCAAAAUCGCAGAGCAUUAUCGCAGAGCCUGUAGCUAAAGCCAGUCAAGAAUCUCCGCCAUCUAAACCAGACGAGGCCCCUAAAAGAGCAUCAUCAAUAGCAGUAGCCGCGAAGCCAUCCGGGGAGCAACGCGUAAAAUCGCAGAGCGUUAUCGAGCCUGUAGCUACAGCUAUUCAAGAAUCUCCGCCCUCUAAACAAGACGAGACCCCUAAAAGAGCAUCAUCAGUAGCAGUAGCCGCGAAGCCAUCCGAGGAGCAACGAGCAAAAUCGCAGAGCAUUAUCGCAGAGCCUGUAGCUAAAGCCAGUCAAGAAUCUCCGCCAUCUAAACCAGACGAGGCCCCUAAAAGAGCAUCAUCAAUAGCAGUAGCCGCGAAGCCAUCCGGGGAGCAACGCGUAAAAUCGCAGAGCGUUAUCGAGCCUGUAGCUAAAGCCAGUCAAGAAUCUCCACCCUCUAAACAAGACGAGGUCCCUAAAAGAGCAUCAUCACUAGCAGUAGCCGCGAAGCCAUCCGUGGAGCAACGAGGCAAAUCGCAGAUCGUUAUCGACCCUGUAGCUAAAGCCAGUCAAGAACAUUCGUCCCCUUAUCUAAACGAGGUCACUAAAAGAGCAUCAUCAAUAGCAGUAGCCGCGAAGCCAUCCGGGGAGCAACGAGCGAAAUCGCAGAGCGUUAUCGAGCCUGUAGCUAAAGCCAGUCAAGAGGCCGCUAAGAAAGCACCAUCGAUAGCAGUGGUCAAGAAACCAUCCGAGGAGCAACGUGGAAAAUCGGAGAGCACACUCGCGUCAUCAGAGCCUGCAGCUGAAGCCAGUCAAGAAUCUCCGCCCGCUAAAGUAGACGAGGCCCCUAAAAGAGCAUCGUCAACAGCAGUAGCCGCGAAGCCAUCCGGGGAGCAACGAGCAAAAUCGCAGAGCGUUAUCGAGCCUGUGGCAAAAACAAGUCAAGCAUAUACGCCCCCUAGAAGAGCAUCAAUAGCAGUAGCCCAAACGCCAUCCGAGGAGGGACGAGCAAAAUCGCAGAGUAUUAUUGCGGUAUCAGCGCCUGAAGCUGAAUCUAGUCAAGAAACUUCAUCCCAUAAACUAGACGAAGCCGCUGGAAGUGCACCAUCAAUAGCAAUAGCCGGAAAACCAUCCGAGGAGCGACAAAGAAAAUCGGAGAGCGCAAUCGCUACGACCACUAUGGCCCAGACUGGACACGUUCAGUUGAUAGUUGAUUUCGACAACGAAAGAGCGAGAGCGGACACGCCCUUUGCAGAGGAAACUGUAAAAAUUGCACUCGAACAAAGCCGAAACGAACUGGUCGCCGAGUCGAUAGAAAUACUGGAACAGUCUAAGUCUGAUACUGCUCCAAACGAAUUGCUACCAAAUGAGCCACCGGCAGCUAAUGAUAGUGAAGGGUCCAAACCCGAGGAGACCUCUCAUGAAAUCGAAUCAAAGUCCGUAGCUAUCGAAGAUGAAUGCAGCCUUGUUACAACAGCGCCAGUUGAAAGUGCACCUCAAGAAGAACCAGAAACAAAUGAAAAACACAUCGUUCAGGAGGAAUCAAUAAAAACAGACCAAGAUCAAGGGGACCAAUCCGACAAACCAACGCCCGUGGGAAGCGACGGUGGCAACAGUGAUGCUCAUUCAAGUCCAGAAACCACAAAUGUGAUCGAGGAAUCGUGUGAUAUGGUAACCGAGGUGUCGCAAGAACAAUCUGCGGAAAUCAAGCAGGAACAGACUCAAGAAGAAACUCCAGAAGAAGUUUCCGAAAAAGAAGCAAAACCCGAAACAAAGGAGGAAAGUGAAAAGCAUGAGUCACAUGUAGAACCGGAACCACCUGCUGCACAGGAUACACAAGAAGAAUAUGAACAAGCAGCUGAACAGACGCCAGUAGAACAUGAACAAGGAAUUGAAAAGGAGCCACAAGUAGAACCUGAACAAGCAGCUGAACAGAAGACACAAGUAGAAACUGAACAAGCCCCUGAACAGGAGACACCGGCAGACCCUGAACAAGCUGGUGAACAGGAGACACAAGCAGAGCCUGAACAAGCCGCUGAACAGGAGACACCAGUAGAAUCUGAGCAAGUGGCUGAAUAUGAGACACCAGCAGAACCUGAACAAGCAGCUGGACAGGAGACACCAGUUCAACCUGAACAAGCUGCUGAACAGGAGCCACAAGUAGAACCUGAACAAGCUGCUGAACAGGAGACACCGGCAGAACCUGAACAAGCCGCUGAACAGAAGACACAAGUACAAUCUGAACAAGCUGCUGAACAGGAGAAACCAGUAGAACCUGAACAAGCUGAUGGACAGGAGACACAAGCAGAACCUGAACAGGCCGCUGAACAGAAACAAGAGACACCAGUAGAACCUGAACAAACUGCUGAACAGGAGACACCAGUAGAACUUGAACAAGCUGCUAAAGAUGAAAAACAAGAAGAACCUGAAAAAGCUACUGAACAGGAGACGCGAGUAGAACCUGAACAGACAACUAAACAGGAGACACCAGUAGAACCUGGACAAGCUGCUGAACAUGAGACACCAGUAGAACCUGAACAAACAGAAGAACAGGAGACAAUAGUAGAACCUGAACAAGCUGCUGAGCAGGAGACAACAGUAGAGCCUGAACAAGCGACUGAACCGGACACAUCAGUUGAACCUGAACAAGCAGCUGAAGCGGAGACACUAGUAGAAUCAGAACGAGCAACUGAACAUGAGACACAAGUAGUAUCUGAACAAAGUGCUGAACCGGAGACACGAGAACAAUCUGAACAAGCAACGGAACAGGAGAACGAAGCAGCAUCAGAACAAGCAACUGAGGCGGAACAAAAACAACCAGUGGAAUCCGAACAAGCAACCGAACAAGCAAAUUCAGAAGAACCAGAAAAGGUAACUGUGCACGUUACAUCAGCAGAUUCGGAACCGGCAGCUGAGGAAGAAAAUCAAAAAGAACCUGAGGAGACAACAUGUCAAGAACAAAUAGAAGAGUCGGAACAAUCCGUUGAACCUGAGCAAAAAACUGUGCAGGAACAAUCGGUCGAAUCUAGCCACGCAACUGCGCAAGAACAAUCCGUAGAACUUGAACAUGCAACUCAACAAGAACAACCGGUAGAGUCCGAACAAGGGACGCAACAUGUAGAAGAACUAUCAAGAGAACCUGAAAAAUUAUCAGCUCAAGAACAACCAGCAGAAUCCGAACCAGAGCCCGAACAGCCAACUGAACAAGACCAAUUCGUAGAGUCUGAACAAGUUACUGGACAAGAAAAAACAACAGAAUCUGAACAAACAAAUGAAGACGAAACUGCACAAGAGGCCUCUACAGAACCUGAACAAACGACUGUUCCUGAACAGGCGGCAGAGGUCGAAAACGUGACACCACAAGACAAUACUAUGGAACCACAAAAUGUGGAUGCGUCUGAAGGGAAUGAAGUACCAGAAGCAGUGGAUGUUCAACCGAGGUCCGAAGAAGGCAUAAGUGAUGAGCAGGCAGGGGAGCAAGAUACAGCCAAUGACUUGGUUUCCGAAUCUUCUUAAACUGGAGUGACAUUUACCAAUAUGAAAUCAAUUUGUAAACAACAUUAUUUCCCACAUGUAUUGCACUUUUGUUUGUCAUAUAUAUUUGCAUAUUCUUUCUAUUAUCUAUUAUCUAUAAUAGCUGCUUUGCAUAAUUUCACUAGCAUGGUGACUUGUUUAAAUACAUAUAUUUAUUUCUUACUAAUAUCAAUAAAUCAUUAAAACCGUAGAAAUGUA